AUGUCGUCGAACAAAGGGAAAGGGAUCCUUUACCAAGAUGAUGACGAUGAGCCCAUCCAACUACCGGAUCAGGCAGACGAGGAUCUCAUUAAGGAGUACAACUUGUCUCUUAUAGGCAAGAUCUUAAACCCUAAGAAACAGAAUGUGGAACGCCUAAUUGUUGCGAUGCUAGAACAGUGGGGUAUGUCAGAGAAGAUCUCAGCCUGUGAUCUAGGCAAUGGUCGGUUCUUGUUUAACUUUGACAAUGAGGAAGAUCUUAAUUCUGUCUUCGACCAAAGCCCUUUCCACAAUUACUGUAUGUAUGUCCUUGUGCGAUGGGAACCGAUAAUUGAUGAGAACUAUCCUUCGCUGUGCCUCUGUACAGAACAGAACCUACAAGCUAUUGGUGAUAGGAUGGGGCAAUUAGACAAAAUAGAUACUACGGAUGAGAAGAUUAAGGUUGCAAUGGAUUCUUUUAAACCCUUGAAGUUCACAAGAAAGCUACAAACGAGAAACAAGGAGGACAUUUCGAUCAAGCUUUUCUAUGAAAAGCUUUUCAAACACUGCUCUACAUGUGGUCUUAUGACACAUGAAGCCCAAGACUGUCUGGCAAAACCAACACACGUUCUUACUCUGGUUGCACCUCGUGAGAAUGUGUUUGAUAGAGUACGUUAA